GCGGCGUCGGUGUCAUGGCGGCCUCCAUGCUGGGCUGGGCCUGGGGCCCCCUGCGGCCGGGCGGGCCCGGCGUGUGGGCGCGCGGGCGGCGGCCCCUGGGGCCCGCGGGCUCGGGGCGGAGCGUGGCUGCAGCCAGCGGAGCCGGCGGCGCGGGCACUGACCGCUACUGUCUCGAGCUGCUCCGGAAACGAGAUUAUGAAGGCUAUUUAUGCUCCCUGCUGCUUCCUACAGAAUCCAGAAGCUCUGCUUUUGCACUGAGAGCCUUCAAUGUGGAACUGGCUCAGAUUAAGGAUUCAGUUUCGGAGAAGACAAUUGGACUGAUACGAAUGCAGUUUUGGAAGAAAACUGUGGAUGACAUAUACAGUGACAAUCCACCACGUCAGCCUGUGGCCGUUGAACUGUGGAAGGUAAAAAAAAAAAUUGCUGUCAAAAGACAUAACCUGACUAAAAGAUGGCUUAUGAAAAUCAUUGAUGAAAGAGAAAAAAAUUUGGAUGACAAAGCAUAUCGUAAUAUCCAGGAACUGGAAAAUUAUGCCGAAAACACACAGAGUUCUCUUCUUUAUUUAACACUAGAAGUAUUGGGUGUAAAGGAUCUUCAUGCAGAUCACGCUGCAAGUCACAUUGGAAAGGCGCACGGCAUUGUCACUUGCUUGAGAGCCACGCCGUAUCACACUAGCAGAAGAAGGGUGUUCCUUCCCAUGGACAUUUGUAUGCUGCAUGGCGUUUCACAAGAGGAUUUUCUACGGAAGAACCAAGAUAAAAAUGUAAGAGAUGUGAUAUAUGACAUUGCCAGCCAGGCGCACUUGCACUUGAAGCAUGCUAGGUCCCUCCACAAAAGUGUUCCUGUGAAGGCAUUUCCUGCCUUUCUUCAGACGGUUGCUCUGGAGGACUAUUUAAAGAAAAUUCAACAAGUAAAUUUUGAUAUAUUCCACCCAUCUUUACAACAGAAGAAUACAUUACUUCCAUUGUCUUUGUAUAUUCAGUCAUGGAGAAGAAGAUACUAAAAAUAAUCUCAUGGCACUGAUACUAAUUUAUUUUUAUUAGUUUUACAAAAGUAUACUAGUCAGGGUUCUUGUUUAUAAACAGAAGGUACUGACUGUUUACUUAAGGCAAAAAUGAAUUUAUUGGAUGGGUGUGAAUAGCGUAUAGAAUCAAUGAGAAAUUACUGUGGGGCUUGGGGGCCAAAACAUUGAGAUUCUGCCUCAGACACUGCCAUUGUCUCCACCAGCCCAGACAGUGUCUGCUGUCCCAUCCCUGUCAGGUGGAGCCGUGCUGCACCACCAGGGGGCAGAGAGAAGAAUGUCUCCUCCCUCCCUCACCCUGGGGGGAGGGGGAGGGACUAGGUAGUGCUGGCUUUGCAUUUGGAGAGCCAGAACUCAGUGCCAGUACAGGUGUGAAAUGAAUUUAUUUAGGGGUCCCAGAGAGUGAAGUUAAUACUUGGGGAGUGUCAGUCACUAUGUUGAGGGUUUUUAUCCCUAACAUUUCAUCUUUACAACCCUGUGAAAUAACUUCUGUAAGGUAAGACAGUUGGCUGUCAAGAGCUGGAACCCUAUUUCGACUUUAGGUCUGGCUGAUUUGAAAGCUUUUACUUUUUUGGUAACUCUACUGCUUCACUCUCUCUCAUUCUGUAUUACUGUGAUCGUGAACAAAGUUGUAUUCAUAAAGUGUAUUAAUGUGAAGUAUAUUAGCACAAUUAUAUUGAACAUUCAUUAGGGAAUACUGCAUUUUUAAAAUCGUGUAUACUAGUUGAUCUUCCCACUGAUAAGCUCUGGGCUACAUACUUUGAUCAGUGGUCUCAUUUGAUCUUUAAAACUCUAUGAAAUAAAGAAUUUUUUGGUCAUUAAAAAAUUUAAAAUAUAAAAUACACACUAGUUGCAAAAACAAAAUUGUUUGCAUUGCUGGUAAUGGCAGAUCUAGACUCUGAGAGUGAGUCCCUGACUCCCAAGGCCAGGAUUAUGCCCCAGUUUCCUUUUCCUGUCUCCAGUGGUCUUGUCUCCUGUUCGUUCACACCUCCCAUGUACUGUUCCAUAUCCCAUCUCUCUUGAGCCUUUGGUUUCAGCUAUGGCUUAGUGCCUACUACAACUGUGGCUUAAAAUAUUAUUGUUUUUUUGGCCCAGCCAGUGUGGCUCAGUGGUUGAGCAUCAGACUGUGAACCAGGAGAUCACAUGCCCAGGUUGUGGGCUCGACCCCCAGUGUGGGGCAUGCAGGAGGCAGCCGAUCAAUGAUUCUCUCUCAUUGUUGAUUUUUCUAUCUCUCUCCCUCUCCCUUCUCUGAAAUCAAUAAAAAUAUAUUUUUUAAAAAAUACUCUUUUUUUUUUUUUGCAAAUAAAACUUAAACUGAGAGCUGCUUGUGGGUAAGAAUACAUUGUUUUGUUCAUCUUGGGAUCCCCAGCACCUAGAAUGGCUUCUGAUUUAGAGCAAGUAGAGGUUAAUAAAUGUAUAAUUGAAUGAAUGUGCAAUGUGAUUAUAUGUGCUAAGUAUACUCUUAGUUGAUCCUGAUGCUGAAAGAAUAUUCUUGUGUUUAAAUGUGUGGCUUUAUAGACUUUUUAGCUUAUCUGAAAAAGGCAAGUACAAGGAAAUGGGACACAUUUCCCCUUGGGAUUCUGAGUGAUCCAGGGUUGAAGAGUUGAUUAGGGAUAGUCUUUGUUAGCAUUGUCUGUGGGUCUUCCUAGGUUCAGUGUGGCAGCAAUCAGCUGCUAAGCAUCUUGGUUCUUAUCUAAGGUUCUUACAAAGAAGGGUUUAAACUCUGGUGGAUUGCUGGAUUUUUUCACUGGCUCAGAAGUCUGUUUACUACUAAGUAAAUCAUUUCAAAAUACUUUCUAAGCCAUUUUAAAUUUGAUGCGUAGAGAUUUGAAUAAACUGAAGUUUCCAGUCUCCUAGAGAUUAAGAUGGGAUCUUCUUCAGAGACACUUACUCUUCUAUUCAUUUCCUGGCAUAAAAGAUACUUAGAUGGUGCCAACAUUCUUUUUCAUUUUUCACAUCUCUGGGUUUUUUUUAUUAGAGCAUUUUAAAGGAGUCAGAUACAUUUUCAAACCAUUUAAGAUGUAUUUUGAUACUGAUUCUGUGGAGUGUAAUAAAUUACAAAUGUUAAGUACUAAUUACAGGUUAAUCUCAAUGCAGGUCAAGUUGCAUAUUAUUAUAAAAUAUAUUUUGGGUAGUUCCCAAUCAACUGACAUUAUUCUUUACCUCCUUUUAGUUAAAUCUCUCCUUUUGAUGAAAUUAAAUUACUCUUGAGAACUUCAGCAGCAGCUAACACCGAGCAUGAGUUGGACAGGUGGUGUGCUCUGCACUCUUAUGCAUUCAUCUUCACAGAGAAGUAGGUCUUUAUUUUUGAAAUGAUAAAACUGCCUCAAGAGAUGUUAAGUUCAAGGUCACACAGCCAUUAGUACUAGAGCUGGAUGUCAAACCUACAUUACUUUAAUUAAUGCCAAAGCCCAACCCGUGUAUCUUUACCAUUCUUGAGAUGGUAAAAUAAAUUGCCAAGUUGAAGAGUUCAAGGGACUUUUUUCAGAAAAAUUUACUACAUAAAUUUUAGGUACAAAUUAGGUUUAAAAAGGUAUGGUUACUACAUAAAUUCCAACUGCAAAUUAGGUGGAGGGAACUGGGCAGAGGAAAUAGACAUGAAGUGCUGGUCACUGGGUGGUAUAAGCAUGGAGGGCACAGCACCGCUUGGGAGGAAAAAGGUUGCCCAAAGGAGAUGGCAUGGGGGAAGUGCCAAGAAAGUUGGGUAGGAGCCAGGGUUUGGGGACUGGGUGUAGAUGGGAAGGCCUGGCUGAGGGAGCAGUACCAGCAAAGGCAGAAUGGAUAGCCUGUGUCAAGACUUAAUUUUUGGCUCUGAAGUGAAAACAAUGUAAUAAUGUUCAGAGUUCUUAGUAAAUAAGUUUGUGAAUAUAAAGUGGCCACAUCUCCUGGUCUAGUGAAACAUUUGGAAUUAAGAUAAAAGACUUGGGAGUUGAUAUUUUGCCUGUGUCAGCAAAUCUCUAGGUGCCCUUAGAUUUGUUUAGCUCAUAAGUAGGACAUCUCUGCAGAUGCUUGACCUAAUCGAUUACCUUGUCCAGAAAGGUCUACCGAGUUGUAAACAUGCAGACAGGUAUUGAAAACAAAGCAUCCUACUGUUUGUGCCUAUAAGGAGGACCAGGCACAAAACCACAUGCACCCAGAACUGGGAGGGAUAUUGGAAGUGAGUUGGAACAAUGGGAGAGGAGUUGGGGGAGUGACUGAGAAUAUGUUAAGUAACUUGGAUACCACUCUACCUUUUUCUUGUAAUGAACAUAUACUUCUUGGGCAACUGGAAAGUUAUUUCUUAAACAUUAGGAACCUUCAAUGGACAUGAAUUUUCUUAUCAUAUCUGUAUGUACCAGAUAAAAGAAUUUGUUCAAAAACAAAAGGAAUGGCAUUUGGCACAAUAAAUUAUUAAAUAUGUAA